AUGAUUGAAAGCGAGAGGCUAAACUACAUACGUUUUCAGCAAAUCAAACUGAGGUCUGAUUCGCUUAACAAUCUUAAAAAUGUUCAAGACGUCGGUCAGAGUGAUUUGAGUCAUACAGGACAACCUGUUAUAUUACCUUCAUCUUUUACUGGUGGUUCUCGCUACAUGAUGCAAAAUUACUUAGAUGCUAUGGCGUUAUGUCGGAAGUAUGGGUAUCCUGAUUUCUUUAUCACAAUCACAUGUAAUCCGAAAUGGCCUGAGAUUCCAGAAGACAGACCUGACAUACUUUGCCGAUUGUUUAAGAUGAAACUUGAUGAAUUGAUAAAAGAUAUGAAGCAAAAAAAAAAAAAAAAAUUUGGCGAUAUUAAUGCAGUUGUUUAUACAGUUGAGUUUCAGAAGCGUGGUUUGCCACAUGCGCAUAUUUACUUAUUUAUGAAAGCUGAUCAUAAGCUUCCUACGGUUGAACACAUCGAUCCCUUUAUCUCAGCUGAAAUUCCUGAUAAAAACGAUGAUCCUGAAUUGUAUUCUCUUGUGGGUGACUUUAUGAUUCAUGGUCCUUGUGGACAUGCCAACAUGAAAUGUCCGUGCAUGGUUGGGAACCGUUGUUCUAAGAAUUUUCCAAAAAGGUUUUUGGAAUCCACUUCCAUUGAUUCUGAUGGAUUUCCCGUUUAUAGGAGAAGAGAUUCUGGUCACACAGUUGUGAAGAAGGGCGUUACUUUAGACAAUAGGAGUGUAGUUCCAUACAACAAAAAGCUACUUAAAAGAUAUCAGGCGCACAUCAACGUGGAAUGGUGCAAUCAGGCUGGCUCGAUAAAGUAUUUGUUUAAAUACAUUAAUAAAGGACCUGAUCGAGCCACUGUUGCUGUUUUUGAUUCAGACAGAGGCCCCGAUGAGGAGAUUCCAAAAGAUGAAAUUAAAGAAUAUUACGAAGCUAGAUAUGUUUCCGCAUGUGAAGCCAGCUGGAGAAUAUUUGCCAAUGAUGUUCAUUAUCGGUAUCCUUCUGUUAUGAGAUUACCCUUUCAUCUUCCAGGACAACAAAAUGUUGUAUUUAGUUGUGACGAUGAUAUUGAGGAUGUCCUAAACAAACCUCAAGUAAAUUCCUCUAUUUUCUUAGAAUGGAUGAAUAUGAACAAUUCUAAGCCUGAAGCAAGAGAACUUACUUAUGUUGAGUUUCCUACAAAAUAUGUGUGGAAGUUAAAAGAUCGUUGCUGGCAGGAACGCCAAAAUUAUGUUGUUAUUGGGAGAAUUUAUUCUGCGUCUCCUUCUCUUGGUGAGGCUUAUUACCUAAGAAUUCUUCUUACUAAGGUUAAAGGACCACGAUCAUUUGAAGAAAUAAGAACAUAUGAUGGUGUUGUUUAUCCUACGUUUAGGGAUGCGUGUUAUGCACGUGGCCUGUUAGAUGAUGACAAUGAAUAUAUCGAGUGUAUUAAAGAAUCCAGUUUCACUGGAAACGGUCAUUAUCUUCGUUCUUUGUUUGCAACACUUCUAUUGUCUAAUACGCUAGAGACCUGA